AUGUGCAGUGGCAAGCUGCAGACGGGUUUGCUGGUGGCCGGUUACUUUGUCUACUUGCUGGUGGGUGCAGCCGUGUUCCAGGCGCUGGAGAGGACCGCUGAGAAGCAGGAGAAAAUAGCAGCUGCCCAGAUGAAGGAGGCUUUUCUGCAGAACUUCACCCACCUCACGGUGGCAGAGAUGGAGCAGUUUAUGAAGAACCUGACUGAAGCCAUUCAGAAUGGAGUAUACCCUGUUGGAAAUGAAUCACAGAUUGAAGACAGCAACUGGGAUUUCAGUAACUCCUUCUUCUUUGCAGGCACGGUUGUCUCCACAAUAGGCUAUGGCACGCUACGUCCUAAAACUGCUGGGGGCCAGAUCUUCUGUGUCUUUUUUGCUCUGUUUGGAAUCCCUCUGAAUAUUGUCUUUCUGCACCGUGUCGGUAAGAUGCUCUCACUGCUGUGUAAAAAGCUGGGGAAAUUCCUGUAUGAGAAAGGAAUGAGAAAGAAGAAGAUCAAAUUUCUGACCCUUUUGUUCUUCCUGGCAACGGGGAUCCUAGUUUUUCUGUGCUUGCCAUCACUCUUCUUCCAUAUAACAGAGGGCUGGUCCUACAGCGAAGGAAUUUACUUUGCAUUUAUCACCCUCAGCACCAUUGGCUUUGGAGAUUAUGUAGUAGGUAAACAGCCUGGCAGGAGUUACUUCUCCUACUACCGAACGCUGGUGGCCAUUUGGAUUCUUUUUGGCCUUGCCUGGAUUGCUCUCCUAUUUAAUUUAUUGACAACGGUACUAGAAGAUACUGAAAAAAUAAUUGUCAAGGAUCUCCAUCAAAUUGGAAAGGUGAGUAAGGACAAUGAAGCAAGCCAACAAAGAAGAUGCUGGCCUGCUCAAUUUAUUCCAGAAGAAGAACUACUACCACCAUGGAAUGAAUCCACUCUGCUGGAAACCCCCCGCCUGCUCCCCAAUUACAUCUACCGCAACUAG